UAUUUACAAUUUUUUUUUACAAGGGAAAGCUCCGAAAAAUUGAAGAUGGAAAAACGAAGAAGCGAAUCCGGUUAUGAUUUAAGGCGACGGCGAUCCUAGUCCCGACCGCGUGGGAUUAUUUACCCCCUCGAAGCCUGGAGGAAAGACCGCACCGUUCCCCCCCGUCUUCCUUCCCUUCGAAGGCUGCGAGAGAGAUUGAGAACGCGCUUUGUGUCGACGAGACGGCGGCGACGAGGAGGAGGACGAGGCGCCGCGGGACGGGGACCGCCGGGAGCGAUGCGAGCGGCGCGAUCGGGGCCGCGGGGAUCGGCGAUUAGAGCGAGUGGCCAGCGCGGGGCGGCGCCGCCGCCGUGCAAUGCGCGUGCGAGGGCGGGGGCGGACGGAGGAGAAGAAGGCGGUCGUCGUAGUAGUCGUCGUCGUUUUCGUCGUUGAUGGCCUUGCAGCUGCCCCACCGCCACCACCAACACCACCACCACCACCACCACCGGCUGCAGAUGGGCUGGCAACCGAGCCUGCUGGGACUCAAGCGCAAGAACGGACCUCCCCUCGGCCUCAGGAACCUCGGCAACUCCUGCUACAUCAACAGCGUCCUCCAGUGCCUCACUUACACCCCUCCCCUCGCCAAUUUCUGCCUCCGCAACCUCCACUCCUCUCUAUGCGAUUCGGGUGCGGAUGUGGAGCGGAAGCGAGAUUGCCCCUUCUGUAUACUAGAGAGGUGGAUAGUGCGAUCUCUGAGAUCGGAUCAGCAGCAAGAUGCGCCGGUGAAGAUCCAGAGCUGCUUGCGCCUGUACUCGGAGAACUUUCGGUGGGGUCGCCAGGAGGACGCGCACGAGUUCCUCCGCUACGUGAUCGAUGCGUGCCACAACACCUGCCUCCGCCUCAAGAAGCUGCGGCAGCAGCAGCAACGCAAUGGUGCCGAGCCACCCAACUGUGGCGAUUCCGUUGUUAAGGAGAUUUUCGGCGGGGCACUGCAGAGUCAGGUCAAGUGUUUAUCUUGUGGAGUGGAAUCCAACAAGGUCGAUGAUAUUAUGGAUAUUAGUCUAGAUGUCUUGCAAAGUAGUUCGAUUAAGGAAGCGUUGCACAAAUUUUUCCAGCCAGAAGUUUUGGAAGGCAGCAAUAAGUACAAGUGCGAGAAUUGUAAGAAAUUGGUUGUGGCUAGGAAGCAAAUGUCGCUCUUUCAAGCACCUAAUGUUCUUGUAAUCCAGUUUAAGAGGUUCGAAGGUAUAUAUGGUGGGAAGAUUGAUAAGGCUAUUUCGUUUGAAGAAAUUUUGGUGCUCUCGAGCUUCAUGUGCAAAGAAAGCCAGGAUACGUCACCGCAGUAUAAUCUUUUUGGUACUAUUGUGCAUGCAGGCUGCUCACCAGACUCAGGACACUAUUAUGCUUAUAUAAAGGACUCAGUGGGCCGGUGGUAUUGCUGUAAUGAUUCAUUGGUUUCUCUGGCCACUUUGGAUGAGGUCUUAUCAGAAAAGGUCUAUAUCCUGUUUUUCUCUCGCGCCAAACAAAGGUCAGCAUCUGCCAAUGCAGUUUCUGCUGCCAAUGGAGUAAAAUCUCGUGAUCUGAAUGGCAUCAAAGCAUCUAAGAAGCGGGCUUCUGCUAUUCCACCAAAACCGGCACAAUCAAAACCAUUAACUGAAAAUUCUUCAUGGAAGUAUGUGUCUGCCUCAUCCAAUGGUGAUAAAGUGUCUUCUGGCCCGCGGAUGAAGUUCAGCAUUGCUGAAAAUAUUGGUUCCAAAGGAGUUCCUGCAGUUAGCAAUGGAAAGGUGCAUGCACUUAAGAAUCAGUUGGGGGAAAGUAAUGGGCAUAUCAAAGGGCCAGUUCCUGUUAACAAGUGUGACAAAGAUCUUUCAACUUCAAUAAACAGGAAUGAUAUCGACAAAGAGAAUAAGAACUCCUCCAACGGGAGGACCCAAGUAGUUGCGCAUUCUAAUCAUAACAAUCUGAAAGUCGGUGAUUCUAAUGGUGACAAGAGUCAAGUUCAUUCUUCCCACAAUGGAAAUGGUACUGUUGGUACUGUUGGUACUGCUGGUACUGCUGGUACUGCUUUCCCCUGUUCAGUUAAAUCACAUCUCCAUGAGAGAAAUGGCACAACGCACAUCUUAGGGAAAGGGAGAGGGUUUGACCAACAUGAACUGCAAAAUGGUAGUUCUGAUCAACCCUCUGAUGUAACAAAGUCCAAGAGGAAGCUGCAGGAGGACUCCUGCAUAUUGCUGGCACAGGAUGCUCAAUCUCAGGCCAAAGUCAAAGAGCUGAAAGAAAUACUCAAGAAUGAAGCUUCCUCUGUAUUGCGAUCAUGUGGCUGGGCGGAUGAUGUCUACGCUUGCAUGCGCACUGGGAAGAGAAUGUGCACGAGCAAAGCAGAUGAUAAUUCACUAAAUUUUGACCAUUUGAGGAAGCUGUUGAUUGCGGAUGCCAAAUCAACCUUUAUCUCACAAAUUCCAGAAUCAUUGAAAGAGAAACUAAUUGGACGUCUCCGAUCAUUUAGUGAGGAAAAAGGAUCCUAACCAUGCCUUGAUCCAUGCGGUAUAUGACAUGAGGAGGCAGUUUUACAUCCACAGGAUUAUGCACAAACUGAGGGCUGUUAAGAUUUGAGACGAUUGGUGUAGUUGGUACUGUUAUGUUCAUGGGAAGCAAUGGCCUCACAGUUUUCUGCCAGUGGGCCUCCAUCUAUGGACCGGAUGGUAAUGGGUUCCCAUUCAUGUGGAUGCCAAUGGUUAUAACUAAGGCGUGUUGCUAUACUAGACCAUUUUUUGAUAGCUAGUGCAGGCAACCAGAUAAAGUCCCAUUCAGUUGAUACCUGCGUAUGGUGACAUCUGUUCUUCUUGUUGGUGAAGGAACGAUUAAUGGAAAAUCGAAGCUGAGUCGGAUUGGACCAAAUUUUGCUUUCUGGAUACAUAUGAUGCUAGUGAGAGAGGAGUUGCAAUUCUAUUCACCCUGUACAAUAGGCUUUUUGAUCGUAAACAGUCCUCAUUUUGUGGAUGCUUAACAAUUUUUCCAUUAAAAUGUGGCCGGCCCCUACCUUGAGGUUAUUGUUCUGCUGACCUUCCCAUUCGGAGUAAAUUUUUGGUCGAUCUCUCCUCCUGUGGAAGUAGUUUCUUUUUGUUACAGUACAGUAAUACUAAGAUGCUGCAUUUGAGGUUCUUGGUGUUCCGGAGGUGCAUCUGCAAGCGUUGUACCAGUAUUAUUGUUUGGGAUGGAUGACUAUUGCUGGCAAAACCCUGUGAUUAGUUAUUAAAGCUGCUUUAUCUUCAUCUCUA